CGGGGACAGCGGGCGGCGGCGGCGGCCCUUUGUUGGCUGCCCCUCGGCCGGAGGCCCGGCGGGCGCAGGAGGCCGGGGCCCGGGACCACGGCGCUAUGAUCAACUUUGCCGGGGACCAAUUCACAGCUUUCUCCAGGAGCGCCUCCCAUCCAGACGCCUAUCCCAGCAUCUUUCCUGCGGAGGGAUCCUGGGGACUUACCAUCUGGCUUCUUUUUCCACACACGGCCGAACCUGGGCAAAGGAAUCGAUCAUAGUGCUAAUGGUUCAUUCGGUGCCGCUCACACGCUCUCGCCCCUGCCCGUUUUGUUCCCUCUAAGGCAGUGACCGCAACAAAGGACAGUGACUCUGUUGCCAAGGAGACGGCAGAACACGCUACACCAGCCUGAUCUCUUCCCUGACGUCAGGGCCCCCCCUCCCCGACACCGACACCGCCUGGAUGCCUGUCUUGCUGUUUCCAGCCCAGCUGGUAGCAUGGACGGGGGAGGCCUAGCCCUGACAGGAGAGCGCCUGUAAACCACUAAGCAAAUGGACAUCAAAGGCCAGUACUGGACUGACGAUGAUUCUGAUGGUGACAAUGAGUCGGAGGAAUUCCUCUAUGGAGUCCAGGGAACCUGUGCAGCGGACCUCUACCGACACCCACAGCUUGAUGCCGACAUAGAGGCCGUGAAGGAGAUCUACAGUGAGAACUCUGUGUCCAUCAGAGAAUAUGGAACUAUUGAUGAUGUGGACAUUGAUCUCCACAUAAACAUCAGCUUCCUAGAUGAGGAAGUGUCCACUGCCUGGAAGGUCCUCCGGACCGAACCCAUCGUUUUGAGGCUGCGGUUCUCCCUCUCCCAGUAUCUGGAUGGACCCGAACCAUCGAUUGAGGUUUUUCAGCCGUCCAACAAGGAGGGGUUCGGAUUGGGUCUUCAGUUGAAAAAGAUUCUGGGGAUGUUUACAUCUCAACAAUGGAAACAUCUCAGCAACGAUUUCCUGAAGACCCAGCAGGAGAAGCGGCACAGCUGGUUCAAGACAAGUGGCACUAUCAAGAAGUUCCGGGCUGGCCUCAGCAUCUUCUCCCCAAUCCCCAAGUCUCCCAGUUUCCCCGUCAUCCAGGAUUCCAUGCUGAAGGGUAAACUGGGGGUGCCAGAGCUCCGAGUUAACCGGCUCAUGAACCGUUCCAUCUCCUGCACCAUGAAGAACCCCAAGGUGGAGAUGUUCGGCUAUCCGCCCAGCACCCAGGUCAGCGGUCAUUGCAAGAACAUCCCCACAUUGGAGUAUGGAUUCCUUGUCCAGAUCAUGAAGUAUGCGGAGCAGCGGAUCCCGACCCUGAACGAAUACUGCGUGGUGUGUGACGAGCAACAUGUUUUCCAGAAUGGAUCCAUGCUGAAGCCAGCUGUUUGCACUCGCGAGCUCUGCGUCUUCUCCUUCUAUACACUGGGAGUGAUGUCUGGAGCGGCGGAGGAGGUGGCCACAGGAGCAGAGGUGGUGGACUUGCUCGUGGCUAUGUGCCGGGCUGCCCUGGAAUCCCCAAGGAAGAGCAUCAUCUUUGAGCCUUAUCCCUCCGUGGUGGACCCCAAUGACCCUAAGACUCUCGCCUUCAACCCCAAGAAGAAGAACUACGAGCGUCUCCAGAAGGCCCUGGACAGCGUGAUGUCUAUCCGGGAAAUGACCCAGGGUUCCUAUCUGGAAAUUAAGAAGCAGAUGGACAAGCUGGAUCCUCUAGCCCAUCCCCUCUUGCAGUGGAUAAUCUCCAGUAACAGAUCACACAUCGUCAAGCUACCUCUCAGCAGGCAGCUGAAAUUUAUGCACACCUCACACCAGUUCCUCCUGCUGAGUAGCCCUCCGGCUAAGGAAGCUCGGUUUCGCACGGCCAAGAAGCUUUAUGGUAGCACCUUUGCUUUCCACGGAUCUCAUAUUGAGAACUGGCACUCCAUUCUUCGCAACGGGCUGGUCAAUGCAUCCUACACCAACUGCAGCUGCAUGGAAGCAGCCUAUGGCAAAGGGAUUUAUCUGAGCCCCAUCUCCAGUAUUUCCUUUGGAUACUCAGGCAUGGGGAAAGGUCAGCACAGAAUGCCCUCCAAGGAUGAGUUGGUCCAGAGAUACAACCGAAUGAACACCAUCCCACAGCCCGGCAGCCUUCAUUCUCGGUCCUCAGGGCAAGGACAGCCAGAGAGAGCGUGGGGAGCUGCUCUUGACUCAGACUUCGCUGUGCUCUUGAAUCUCUUACAGACCCGAUCCAUCCAAUCGCGGUUUUUGCAGAGUCGGAAUCUGAACUGUAUAGCACUCUGUGAAGUGAUCACCUCUAAGGACCUCCAGAAGCACGGGAACAUUUGGGUGUGCCCGGUGUCGGACCACGUCUGCACCCGCUUUUUCUUUGUGUAUGAAGAUGGCCAAGUGGGAGAUGCCAACAUCAAUACUCAGGACCCCAAAAUCCAGAAGGAAAUCAUGCGUGUGAUCGGAACUCAGGUUUACACAAACUGAGGGGGCACCUGGCCCCUCCCAUUCCCAUCUCCCCGGGCCCGGAGCCCCACUCGUGCCCUCCCCGCCGGGGCCAGAGGGAGCUGCCCAGGGAGGGCCGGGCCGAGGAGCCCCGGGAGAAGCCGCCUGGGCGAGGGACCAAGGGGUGAGGGUUCGGGAGAAGGUGGGGGAGAACACCGGCCCCCGUGGCAAAAGGGGAGUGGCUCCGGGGCCCGCUUCCAAAGCUGGGUGGCCCGGGCUGCCUUUUCUCAUCUGGAUGGCUCAGCCCCGGCUCGGAUUUUUCACGUGACUCCGUCCUGUUUGUAAAUAAACCAAUAAAAUGGAAGGUGCUGCGGACUGGGA